AUGGUGGAGUAUGGUAUAUUGGCUGGUUCGAUGUUGGCUGCACAUUGGCACGCGAUGCAGCUUUGUGGCUGUCGAGAGACGUGUCACGACGGAUCGGCGACUGUCGCGCAGAUGGAGCCUAGGCCGAGAGGACAGACGCUAAGAUAUGUCAAAGGAUAUCCUAUAGCGGAGGACGCGCAGACCUUCGACCCGCUGAAUCGCACAACCAAGUGGAAUGGCCGUGUCCAAGAUGUGGGCCCUAUACCGCCUUUCGCGUUGCACGAGGCUGUUCAGGGGUCCGCAUUGCAGAGGGAAGCCCAAGGGGGCCCCCGGGAAUCGGCAGGCAGCGGCAGCGGCACCGUUGCCGCCAUGGCCGGCAUCGGCGGACCGCCCGCCAGGGUGCCUAACUGGAUCACAUACGACAGAAAGGUCCUGGGUUUCGGAGCUUACUUUCAGGAGGACGUGCCGUACAGCGCCCUGGAGUCAUGGCGCAUACGGAGAGUGACUGUCAAGUAUUACCUUGAGAACGACCAGGUGGAAAUUGUGGAGGUGCGGGAGCCCAACAGUGGCUUGCCGCAGGGAAUUCUGCUCAAGCGGCAUAGCGCGGUCAAGGGCGACGGCUCCCCGUUGCGCUGGCCGGAUCUACGUGUGGGAGGUCAGCUCGUGCUGUACCGCCGUACGUACCACCUCGUCUCCGCGGAUGCGGCCACUCGGACAUUUUACAGCGAGCAUGGCCAGGACCAGCAGCCUGAUGAGGCCUAUCCGGAGGGACCGUAUGAUCAGCACCGGAAGGACGUGCCAAGGCAGCUGGCAGCGUCCCCACGCGGUGCAGCGGCCCUCUUCCGGCAGAUGCGAAAGGGCGGCAGGCCGUCUGCCGAGGAGGAGGAACGCGACGGUGCGGUGUUGCGUUUCCUGGCGGCGUGGGACACCACAGGGCACCUGUUUGGCGGCGUGCUGGCCUUCGCGCUGACCUACCACGUAGCCGACGGCACAAUUGAAGUGCGUGAGGUCAACCGGCGCAACAGCGGUCGAGACCCCUUCCCGCUGCUGCUUCGGCGCAGCCGGCUGCCCAAGGUCGUCCCGCCAGUGCACGGGCGGCCCAUGUCCCCGGAAACCCGGCGGCAACUAGCCAUCACCUAUUACGACUGGCGGGACCUGCACCUGGGCGCAACCGUCAACGUGUACGGCAGGAAAAUGAUGCUGUACGACUGUGACGACGGGACGCUGACGUGGCUGAAGAAGUAUGUGCCAGGUCUGAAGCCUGAGCAGCUCACAGCCAUUCCGGUGGACUUGGACCCCUUCGGUCCCAAGCGCCCUCCCCUGCACAUCCCGCCCAACCUUUCCGGUAUCGGCAGCGAGGAGGACUCCUUGCAGAACGUGUUGAGACUGGUGCCGCGACCCGUGGGUCGAUGCUCCUACGAUGAUUAUGUGGCCAAGUGCGACAAGGUGUUGCGGUUUUCGGCGGUGAUGGUGCCGCUGGGGCCUGGGCGGCCGCUGGUGGGUCCCCAUGAUGCCGAGCGCAGUUUCAUCGUGUCGCUCUACCCGGUGGACGGCACCCUGUCCAUAUUCGAGCCCCGACAGGUCAACAGCGGAAUGGAACAGGGGACGUUUCUGGAGCGAACUCGGGUACCCAACCCGGCCAAUGGGGGCCAGCCAUACACCGAGACGGACAUGCAGGUCGGCUGCGUGUUGGAGGUGUACGGCAGGGGCUUCCAACUCCUAGAAGCGGACACUGUUACUUUAGAGUACAUGGAGGACCAGAGCUACCGCUUCCCCUGGGCAGAUUACGAAAAGGUCUUCUCCAAGCUCACCACCUGGCUCGCCCUCUACCCUGAUGAGCUUCCCGACCAACUUCGCACCAAACUGAUCGCAGCGGACGCCAACGGCUCGGGCUACAUUACCAAGUACCAGUUGUACGACCUCCUGACGUCAUUAGGCGCCGACCUGGCGCCGCAUGAGGUCGUUACACUUGUACGACAGUUGGGCGCCGACCGACAGGGGCUGCUUGUCGAGCAGCUGUUGGCUGCGCUGAGGAGAGUGGCCUGGGGACCAUUGGAUCAAGUCGCCAUCGUCGGCGGCAGCAGUGGAGUCUCCAAGGCCGCCGUCGCCGCGGCAACAGCGCCGCCGUACUCCUGUCUGGGUCCUACGCCGGGGCACCCGCGCGUCGACGUCGCACCCAUGCCUUCCAACCCAAACGCAUAUCGAGGGCAGUACGGUAACUUCAGUAAGGCGGGUAUGAGCGGAGGGCUGUGCGGCAAGCAUGGUUAUGCCGGCGCCGAGGGCACACCACCCGGUGACAUCGACAUCGACGACCGGCGGCGCCUACGUGACACACCGGAGAAGCCGAAGGGCGGCUGGGGGGGACCUCAGGAUGCGGCAGCCAGCAAAUUGAGAAUGGCGGCGGCGACUGCACCGCCACUGGACACGCCAUCGAUGGUGAUAACCCCUAGUGGGUACGGCAGUGCUGGCACCAAGCCGGCCUGGGCCACCAGGGGCUCCAGUUUCCUGACCGCGACGGGCAUCAAGCAGCCCGCUUCGCUGUGGCAAACGACGAACAUGGCAUUCGGCGGGGUUGGGCACGCUGCGUCAUUCCAGAGGCGAUGA